AUGCCCAAUACCGCUUCCCAAAUCCGAGAAUCGAUGACGGUAAUAAGUACCUUUACUCCUCCCCUUCCUGAAUGGACAACUGCGCUUUUAACCUGGAUUUUCAUACGCAUCGGUGAUAAUAUUUUUCUGCCUCCUUCAACCUUGGAUGCGUGUACUGCUCUUUGUAGUUCCGGCCCGGCGUUUUUCGCAUUGAUGCUUGAGGCCACCAUAGACGGUGCUGUAGCGAUGGGACUCCCGCGAGCAGAAACGCAGAAAUUGGCGGCGCAAACUAUGCGUGGAGCAGCUGGUUUGGUUCUUUCAGGUGAAAAUCCUGCGCUUCUGAGGGAUAAAGUGAGUACCCUAGGUGGAUGUACGAUUGAGGGAUUGUUGGUGCUUGAGGAGGGAAGAGUUAGAGGGACGGUAGCGAGAGCAGUGAGGGAGGCGACGGUUUUAGCGGGGCAGCUUGGAAAGGGAGAUGUGGGGGUUGAUGGGAGGAGGGUCUGGGUUUUCACGAGAUUGAACGAUUGGGCUUGGUAUUUAGCUAUGAGCAAUGGGUGA